UAUAUCUGUCUGUCUAUCUAUCUAUCUGUUUUUCAGUCUGCUUGUCUGCAACAUAAUGUAAUUGUGAGUACAGCUGUUUUUUGUUAUUUUGUAUUUGAAGUAAUACAAUAAAGUCGAGAAAAGCACGAGUCUUGGGUGAAACACAUGCAGCUGCUUGGAUAUGGGUGUGGUGGUGUGGUUAGCAAGUUUGAGCUCUACAGUUUACUGUGUACUGUGAACAGGAGGGAUGGUACAGCAGUAGUUUCCCCUCCUGCAGGCGUUUCAUUUGGGUUUCACACAGCUCUGACAUAGUUGGUAUGUUUCACGCCUCAGACGCAGACGCACACAGUAGAGUUACUCAAGCUCUUGGAUCUCUCUGUUCAGGAUAAGCUUUAGGAGUCCAGAUGAAAGUAAAUAUGAUUUUUAGAGGUGUCGCACUGCUACUGUGUAUCAUGUGUCCUGCACACUGCCUGCUUGAGCAGAACACACAGACAAAGAAUGAAACAAAAGAUGUGCUGCUGGAAUCAGGAGCUACUCACAGCGCUGCCAUUGAAGAUCUGAGGAAAAAGAUUGAUGAGAUUGUGAAGGAGCUGAAUGCCCUGAAGGAAGUCCAUGCUCUGCAAUUAGUUUGCCUGAAAGGCAUCAAGGUUCCAGGCAAGUGCUUCCUGGCCAGCCCAUUAAAGAAGAACUUCUAUGAUGCUACAGAUGAUUGCAUCUUACAGGGUGGCAGCCUGGGCACUCCUGUGACCGGCAAUGAGAAUUACCAACUCUAUGUCUAUGUUCAUGAGACGAUUGGACCCAAGGAACAAAUCUGGCUGGGCAUCAAUGACAUGUUGAAAGAGGGAGAGUGGGUUGAUAAAUCAGGGUCCAGGAUACGUUUCCAAAACUGGGAGACAGAGGUCACCCGUCAGCCUGUCGGUGGUCGCAGCCAGAAUUGUGCCUUUAUGUCUGUCAUAGACAGUGGGAAGUGGUUCGAUGAGAACUGCCGUGCUGUGAAGGCCUUUGUAUGUGAGUUCAAUAUUGUCUGAGUUCCUGUUGGUCCUUAUUAUCCUAAACAAUGUCCUUUACACAUGUAAGUAAAAGCUUGUCAGAAAUGGUGCAUCAUAAAUUCAGACAACUUUGUAUACUGCAUUUGUAUUCAAAGCUCUUAAGACUAAACAUGGCUUCUAACAAGUAAGAAACAAGAAGAACUUGAUGCCAACAGCGACGAUGGGGAUGCCUCCACCAACAAGUCAAGUCUUUUUUGUAUGCCAGAAAUGCCUUUAAAAUAUACUUCAAACAGGAAAGAAGCUAUUGACGAGAGACAAUUUCAGACAUUUGACCUUGCUUGGAGUUCAUCAGAUGGAAUCAGUUCAUCUGCUGGUUACAAUGAUAAUGACACAUAAAUCCUAUAAACAUUCAGCCAAUCAUUCUUGAGAUAUCACAUUAAUGAGAAUCUUCAACAGACGCACAGACAUGGGCGGACGGACAACCCAAAAACAUAAUGCCUCCACCACUUGGUAGAGGAGGCAUAAAUAAAGUGGAGAAGAACAGAGUUAUGUUUUAUCUAUUUAAAAACAAGCAAAUAAAAAGAAUUUUUAUGUGAUUUGUGUAUUUUCCAGUCCUACAAUGGAUAGGUAUAAAAACAAGUCAUUUAUGGAUACAAUGUUCAUAUUAAAACUUGUCAGAAAUAAUUUACUUACAAUAAGAGGCACUCAUAUCAGGAGACACAUGCAGGAUUUAUAAUGUUUAUACCAAAUACGGCAGCUCUAUUAUAUAUCCUCUGAUUUUUGCUCUUUAUGUCACAUUUUUGCAUGCUACCUGAUAAAUAAAACAAAAUUUCUUUUGUUAAGAAUUAGAAUGAUUAUUUUGGAACUGCACUCUUGGUGUACUUCAGAUGCAGAAAAAUUUAUAUUAUAAUAAGUAAUGUAUUCCAGUUAAAAAGAUUACUUCACAGUCGUG